AUGAGUAAGUCAGUUUCGGAAACAAUUACUGAAAAGAUCCCUAAUAUUGGAGAAGUUGAUAAUAAGGAUAAUACCGAUUCCACAGAGAGUGCCCUUAGAUAUAGUGCCUAUGCAAAUCGUAUCCGUACUAUUCUCUUAGCUUCACACAGAUACGUGGCAUACACUUCUGAUAUUGGGGAGUCAUUUAGACCCGUAGCACAUCCGAAAUUGGUUACUCUUGGGUACGGGAUCUCGUGGGCAUAUCUCUUGGGAGAUGUGGGAUAUGAAACCUGGAAGGCGAAACUACGUCAAGAAGGCCGCUACAAACCCGGCUUGAAGCCAUGGGAUGAUACCCCAUUGGCCAAUCCAGUUGCUGCUAUGGCAUACGAUGACUUGGAUUGGAAAGUUCUUGGUGUGAAGAGAGCACUCUUCCAGAGUGUUGCCUCCAUGGGACUACCAGCCUUCACUAUCCAUUCGACCGUUAGAUAUUCCUCCCUAUUAUUUAAGAAUGCGAAAAGCAAAAACUUGAAAACAUUUGGACCUGUUGCUCUCGGUUUGGGAAUUGUUCCAUUCCUUCCUUAUCUGUUUGAUAAGCCUGUUGAGGAGGCAUUUGACUAUCUAUUUGAUUCAUUCUUUACAAAGCCUAGGAAACUUGAAUAA